ACAAAAGUUAUUCUAAUGGCAACCUCAGUUACCAUUAAGCACUGGCUGUUAGCCUCAGCAUUGAUCUACAUCCUUGUUUUCUGUUGCAUAUCAGGGAAGGCAGAUCAGAAUCCCCCUCAAACCGGAGUUACAGGAGCUGCAGGCGCUGAUCCGGCUCAUAUUGUUGCUGAGGCGCUGCUAUGUUUCGAUGAAAAACAUAUAUACAGCACCUGCGAAGAAGCUUACAGAUUGACCGAGACUGGAAAUCUCAACGUGCCACAUGAAUAUGCUAAUCAAUACUGCAGUGGGCCGUGCCUAUCUGAGACAAACCUCGUGCUCAAUUGUAUUGAUAACAUAGUAUCCCACUUUGAAUUUUACAAUAAGGCUACAAUAGAAGAUGUGAGAGAGACAAUCAAGGCAGGAUGUGGCUAUGGCCCUCAAAGAGGUAAUUUCAUUGUGGCUGAGCAUCUCAAAGCUGUAGAGAGCAGUGCACACAAGGCUUCCGACCCCUUCCUGUUCAAGCUUAUGCUGAUGGUUUUCGGGCUUAGUUUAGCCACUUUGACACGCAAUUAAUUGCUUGUAUUUGGCAUAAUCAACGCAUAGUAUGUUUAAAAUAGGAACUAAGAUAUAUUUACCUGUAGCUUAUGUGCACUGGAU